AUGCCCAGCUCAUGCAAUGAUAUCCGAGAGGCGCUGGCCCAGUGCCUGCAGGAGUCGGACUGUAUUAUGGUCCAGCGUCAUACGCCGCGCGAAUGUCUCGCCUCGCCGCUAGCCGAGGAGUUGCCCAUGAAGUGUCAGCAGUUGCGGAAAGGGUUCAGCGAGUGCAAGCGCGGCAUGAUCGAUAUGCGCAAGCGGUUCCGUGGCAACCGUCCCAUUGCGGUGUCUAAGGAGUUGGAGGGCGGCAAGUCACCUUCGGGCGAGCAGCUUUAUGCUGGCCAACAGGCCUUCCAGUCCGUCAAGGAAAUCAGUGGCGAUGAGGUACAAAUGGAUCCCGAGAAGACCCGUGGUCUGUAA